UGCUUGAGGGGCAUUGUGUACCUUUUUUCUGGAACUACAGUGUAUUUAGAGAUAGUCUCUGUGUUUUUCUUGAACAUAAUUAGUAAACUACUUCUUCUAGAAAAGUCAUAUUGCAGUCCAUUCAUCAUAACGAGCUGAACUGGAGCAGGUAAAGACAACAUGGUCUCUUAAAGGUGAAGUGUGGAAGAAGAACUGGAUGACGCGCACUGAAGCACAGAGGGAGGGACUGGGUCACCAUGGAAACCACUGACUGAGAAGCAGCAAAUUGAGGCGAAAGCUGAAGUGGUCCAACUGUGUGAACGUCUGCUGAUUCCUGCUGCUGUUUGCCGGCGACCGGGAGCCGUUCUGCCUGGAGGAAGUUCACUUUUGUUCUGCUUGGCAUUCUGUGUUGAACUCUUAAGAAUUUGGAAUUGUUUCUUCUUUUAUAUAUAUAAAUAUAUCAGCUGAUAAGCAACAGAUGGACCUGGAGCUGUAGGGUCAACAUCCUCCUCUGACAUCAGGUCAACAACAUUUCGCCGACAUCCAAGAUGGCGCGCAGAUGUGAAAGCUACAAACAAUUCUCCUGAUGGAUUCCUGAAGAUAAGCUAACACGGCUUCAUCCCUCCCAUGUCAUCCAGAGCUGAAGAGUUUCCAGAUAUCAGUUCCACUAUGCUCCAGGAUGUCCUUAGUUCCUUGUCUCCUUCCACUUCCUCCAUGACUCCUCCAGCUUCAUCCUGCAGUAUAAAUGAAUCUUAUAAGUACAUCUUCCUCCCCAUUUGUUACUCUUUUACCUUCAUAUUUAGCAUUACUUUGAAUUCUAUCAUCCUCUACCGUUCCUUCCAUCAAGCCAAGCGCUGGAAUGCUUCCCUCAUAUAUAUGGUCAACCUGGCCUCCACAGACUUCAUGUAUGGACUGUCUUUGCCAUUUCUUGUGGCUAGUUACAUAAUGCGUGACUGCUGGGUGUUUGGGGACUUCAUGUGCCGUCUGGUCCGCUUCCUCUUCUACUUCAACCUCUAUUGCUCCAUCUUCUUCCUCACCUGCAUUUCUGUUCACAGAUACCUGGGUAUCUGCCACCCGAUAAAAGUGAUCACCUUGGAGACCAAGAAAGCUGUCAAGAACACUUGUGUGUUGGUGUGGAUAGUAGUGUUCGCUUUGACUUGCCCUAUUUUCCGGUUUGCCCAGACAGGCUAUGUGACCAGAAUGGCAGGAAAGUGGACCAAUGCAAGCAAAACUAUUUACAACGAGAGUCACAACAUGCCAUCAUUAAAGGGCAACAUCAGCUAUAAUAGCCUGGGAUUGCCCCAUGAGGAAUACCAGAAUUGUUGGGACGAUGCCAUAGACAAAGAAUUCCUUGAGUACAUACCCUAUGGGAUUAUGCUACAUUUAAUUGGCUUUUUUUUACCCUUUUCCAUAAUUGCUUGGUGUUACUCUCGUGUAGUCCUCACCAUAUUUAAGACCCUGCAUUCCCAACCCUCAUCCCACAAAAGACCCAGAAAUACUGACAGCAAGGUUGUGGAGAGAAGAGGCAGAAGUGGCUCUGCAGCGGGUGAAAGAGGAAGCAACGGCUUGUUCAGGGGGAUAGAAAAGGAUGAGGAGAUUUCUGUUUUCCUUGGAGCUCGUUCCCCAUAUGCGAGCCGCAGACGUAAAUCCAUCAGGACCAUCAUCACCAUCACCUUGCUCUUUGCUUUGUGUUUUUUCCCCUUCCAUGUGACCAGAACCAUCUUUCUGCUGCUGAAAGUCACUGGGAAAGUUCCCUGUGAAACCAUGACGACAGUAUCGAUGUGCUAUAAGGUGACGCGGCCGCUAGCGUCCUUCAAUGCAUGGCUAAAUGCUCUUCUAUAUUUUCUGACCAAAGACAAGGUGGGAGCUCACUGCUGUCCAGCAGGGAGAACUAAGAGCCCACAGCAGGCUGGACCGCUGCUGCCGCUGAGAAUGAUGGGAAAAGGAGACGGUCCAGUGAAGGAAACUAUGGGAGACCAGAUUAACAACGAGGAAGAGAAAGAAUUUCACCCCUGUCAUACACAAAAAAGUAUGAUAAAAAAACACUGAAAGAUAGAUAAGUAGAUAGGUUGAUUGAAUGAAAUAGUGCAAAGCUAUUAACACAAAUAGCUUGUACAAAUACAAAUACUGAUUGUAGUCUAUUGCUAAAUGACAGUGAUGAUGGUAUAAAUUACACAAAUAAUACAUUUCAAACAUGCUAUUUAUAAUCACGUAGCUCAACUUUGUAGUUAUUUACAUUUGUAUGAUAUGUAUGCUAUUAUGGAAGCUGCAGUUUGUGUGUGAACAUUUAAAGAGAGCAGGAAUAUUAAAGUGAAGGAGUUCAAGCAUCACAGAAAUCUAACGUUGUCUUGGUCUCACCUUUAUUAAUCCUUUGACUUUUUCACCUAGGGGGCGCGCCCCACAGUUUGGGAACCUCUACCUGAGAUGGAGGAUUUUAAAAAAUUAUUUCAUCAAGAGAUCAUCUGGAGAUUUAUUCAUUAAAAAAAAGAUACAUUUUUAGUUAUUCAUGGAACAUAACAGCUCCAAAAAAUCCCUACCACCCUUUUAGAUGCAGAUAAGACUGUAGAAGAAUAUGACUUUAUUUGCCUAUCUUCCCAUUCAUGCACAGGAGAUGAGCAAACACACCAGGCAAGGCACGUUUAUUUGCGUAGUGGGAAAUUCAAAGUGCUGCACAGCAAGAACAACGGAACAGAAAUUGAGAGAGAAAAAUAAGCCUGACACUUAGAAAGACAGAGGAAGUAUCACAAGUUAAAAGUUAAACUAAAAUUAAGCAAAUAAAAAUCUGAGACAAGACAGCAGCAAUAAAGCAAACUCUGGCUUUCAUGGAAAAACAAUUGUAAACAAUAAUGUCUUCAGCCCUGAACAUCUAAGGUUUUGCUGGGAUUACAGAAAAUAUAUUUUCCUGUUGGUCAUUUAGCGUGAAUCAACCGGCUGAUUGUUUCUGUCUUCUUCUUCUUUUUCUUCUUUAUAGAGAUCUGGAUAGAACCUAAUCUAUUGAAAAUGUCUUCUGUGUCAUCCUUUUGGUGAAAAACUUAAUGUUUCACAUUUAUUGAAAAGACAAAGUCUUGCGGUGGCAGUGGGGGUUUUUUAUUGACAGACCUUCUUAAGUUGUUGCAGUUCAGGAUCCAUGAUGUGUUUUUCUCACUCUGUGGUCUUUAGCUCCAUUUCUCCAUUUUGAUUUUUAAUCUUGUCUUUUUAAAUCCAAAAAAUGACGUCUGACUU